GGGCUUCCGGAGCGCUCGCCAGUGGCCUCCGCGGUCGCUUGGCGGCCAGGGGUCGGAGCCCGCGAGAGCAGGUCUCCGCUGGACCCCGGAAGGAGCGGGACUGCUGCGCCCGGCCCCGCCCGCCACACCUGGAGCGAGGACAGCGUGGGGCGGGGCAGCAGGAGGUUGGCCCCGCUUGGCCGGCUGGGGCGACAGCCUGCGGACUGCAGCGGGCGAAGGGGGAGGGUCUCGGGCAGCGCCCCGCUCCUCCGAGGGAGGGACCCCAGCUGGGUGGAACCCGGCCGCCGCGAGCCGCAGAGACGGGCGGUGAUCAUGGACCCGGCCGGCCCCAGCCCCGGGCGGCCGCAGCGGGACCAGGACUCGGUCGAAGCGUGGUUGGACGAUCACUGGGACUUUACCUUCUCUUACUUUGUUAGAAAAGCCACCAGAGAAAUGGUCAAUGCAUGGUUUGCUGAGAGAGUUCACACCAUCCCUGUGUGCAAGGAAGGUGCCCGAGGCCACACCGAGCCUUGCUCCUGCCCUUCGCAGCAGAGCCCUCGGGCAGACACCAGCGCCCCUGGAACACCAACCAGGAAAAUCUCUGCCUCAGAAUUUGACCGCCCCCUCAGACCCAUCGUUGUCAAGGAUUCUGAGGGAACUGUGAGCUUCCUUUCUGACUCAGAAAAGAAGGAACAGAUGCCUCUAACCCCCCCACAGUUUGACAAUGGUGAAGGGGACCAGUGCUCAAGACUCUUGGAAUUAGUGAAAGAUAUUUCUAGUCAUUUGGAUGUCACAGCUUUAUGUCACAAAAUUUUCUUGCAUAUCCAUGGACUCAUUGCCGCUGACCGCUACUCCCUGUUUCUUGUCUGUGAGGACAGUUCCAACGAUAAGUUUCUUAUCAGCCGCCUCUUUGAUGUUGCUGAAGGUUCAACACUGGAAGAAGCUUCCAAUAACUGUAUCCGUCUGGAGUGGAACAAAGGCAUUGUGGGACAUGUGGCAGCGUUUGGUGAGCCCCUGAACAUAAAAGAUGCGUAUGAGGAUCCUCGUUUCAAUGCAGAGGUUGACCAAAUUACAGGUUACAAGACACAAAGUAUUCUUUGUAUGCCAAUUAAGAAUCACAGGGAAGAGGUUGUUGGUGUAGCUCAGGCCAUUAACAAGAAAUCAGGAAAUGGAGGGACGUUCACCGAAAAAGACGAAAAGGACUUUGCUGCUUAUUUGGCCUUUUGUGGUAUUGUUCUUCACAAUGCUCAACUCUACGAAACUUCCCUGCUGGAGAACAAAAGAAACCAGGUGCUGCUUGACCUUGCUAGCUUAAUUUUUGAAGAACAGCAAUCAUUGGAAGUAAUUCUGAAGAAAAUAGCUGCUACUAUUAUUUCCUUUAUGCAGGUGCAGAAAUGCACCAUUUUCAUAGUGGAUGAAGACUGCUCCGAUUCUUUUUCUAGUGUGUUUCAUAUGGAAUGUGAGGAGUUAGAAAAAGAAUCUGAUACUUUAACAAGGGAACGUGAAGCAAACAAAAUCAAUUACAUGUAUGCUCAGUACGUCAAAAACACUAUGGAACCACUUAAUAUCCCAGAUGUCAGCAAGGACAAACGGUUUCCCUGGACAAAUGAAAACACAGGAAAUGUAAAUCAGCAGUGCAUUAGAAGUUUGCUCUGUACACCUAUAAAAAAUGGAAAGAAGAAUAAAGUCAUAGGGGUUUGCCAACUUGUUAAUAAGAUGGAGGAGAAUUCUGGCAAAGUUAAGCCUUUCAACCGCAAUGAUGAACAGUUUCUUGAAGCUUUUGUCAUCUUUUGUGGCUUGGGGAUCCAGAACACGCAGAUGUAUGAAGCGGUGGAGAGGGCCAUGGCCAAGCAGAUGGUCACGUUAGAGGUUCUGUCCUACCAUGCUUCAGCAGCAGAGGAAGAAACAAGAGAGCUCCAGGCAUUAGCGGCUGCUGUGGUACCAUCGGCCCAGACCCUUAAAAUUACUGACUUCAGCUUCAGUGACUUUGAGCUGUCUGAUCUGGAAACAGCACUGUGCACAAUUCGGAUGUUCACCGACCUCAACCUUGUGCAGAACUUCCAGAUGAAAUACGAGGUUCUUUGCAGAUGGAUUUUGAGCGUUAAGAAGAAUUAUCGGAAGAACGUUGCCUAUCACAACUGGAGGCACGCCUUUAAUACAGCUCAGUGCAUGUUUGCCGCCCUAAAAGCAGGCCAAAUCCAGAACAAGCUGACGGACCUGGAGAUACUUGCACUGCUGAUUGCCGCACUCAGCCACGAUUUGGAUCACCGUGGUGUGAACAACUCCUAUAUCCAGCGAAGUGAACAUCCCCUUGCCCAGCUCUACUGCCAUUCCAUCAUGGAGCACCACCACUUCGACCAGUGCCUGAUGAUUCUGAACAGCCCAGGCAAUCAGAUUCUCAGUGGCCUCUCCAUUGAAGAAUAUAAGACCACCCUGAAAAUAAUCAAGCAAGCUAUUUUAGCUACAGACCUAGCACUGUACAUAAAGAGACGAGGAGAAUUUUUUGAACUUAUAAGAAAAAAUCAAUUCAAUUUGGAAGAUCCUCAUCAAAAGGAAUUAUUUUUAGCCAUGUUGAUGACAGCCUGUGAUCUUUCUGCAAUUACAAAACCUUGGCCUAUUCAACAACGGAUAGCAGAACUUGUAGCAACUGAGUUUUUUGAUCAAGGAGACAGAGAGAGAAAAGAACUCAACAUAGAGCCCACUGAUCUAAUGAACAGAGAGAAGAAAAACAAAAUCCCAAGUAUGCAAGUUGGGUUCAUAGACGCCAUCUGCUUGCAACUGUAUGAGGCCCUGACCCACGUAUCAGAGGACUGCAGGCCUUUGCUAGAUGGCUGCAGGAAGAACAGGCAGAAAUGGCAGGCCCUCGCAGAGCAGCAGGAGAAGACCAUGGUGAAUGGGGAGAACAGCCAGGCCAAGCGGAACUGAGCUGUCUGCUCCCCGCGGAGUUGGAGUUUACAGAGACCGUGUGUCUGCAGUACGCCUGGUUUCACUGGGCGCCAUUUAGAUUGGGUGUAUACUUUGCCACUGCUGUAUUUUUAUUUUUGCACAACUUUUGAGAGCAUAGCAUGAAUGUUGUUAGUGGUCAAUUACAUUUUUUUCUGUACAUUUGUUAUACGCCACUAAAGUGAUUACCGACACCCACCCGUACUUCACACGUUGAUCAGAGCACUGUGGUAUUUUGUGUACUACCAAGUGUAAGUGGUGUUCUUGCACUGAGGUGGUUUUGUGAUUGGGAAUUAUACGCAACUGGUUUUUGUGUUUCCUGAGGUACCGAUCUUUCAACGUUUGGAGUCUUUUCUGAAAGUGGGUUAGGAGAAAAUUAAAUACAUUCUGGGACACUGAAAGCCAUCAUAGAAUGGACUAAAUAUCAGCUGAGAGGAUUUUAAAGAGAAAAGAAUACAUUUGGUGAAAAUACUUUAAAUUUAAGACACUGAAAACCACAUGGCAAGUACUAUGAGACAGUAUUGUAAGGAAAACAUAGUAUAUAAUUGAUUUGCUAUUUUUGAAAGAACAGGCAGGAGAGAACACUCAUUUCAGUGCAGUCUGUCUGCCCCACACCGGGCCGCAAGACAGUCCAGUCUCCGCUACCUGACGGUAAGCAGGGGAAAGCAGAAGAUGCAGUCACUGACUUCCUGAGGAUGACUGUGAUCCCGAAGUGCAGUGGCCUGGGCGCCGUCAGCCGGGAGAAGCGUUCCACUGGAAGAUCCUUCUGCGAAUCGGUGUUUUGGAGGCGAGUGAGAAACUGCCAUAUUUUGUUUUAUAGCAGUGAUAGUGAACCUUUUAGAGUUUUCAUGCUGUAGGUUUACCAUCACUGGUUUAUAGGAUGAAUCAAGCCAAAAUCAAAGAAUUUUGGUGUGUAACCUAAAAUACUGAAUUUUAGCUCACGGUCUGUGGAAUUUCCUUCCCACAGCUUUUAGUAGUUUACAUUUUCUUGGGAUUUGAACACACUGGUGUCCCUGAAGUCACUUUGGAGAAGCAGAGAGUGAACUGAGCAGCUAGUUUAAAAAGGAAAGCAUCGCAAAUAUGAAGAAGUGCUGGGAUUUGGGGACAGUAGGAGGAGAGAUUUGACUUGUUAGUUUCCACCCUCAUCCCUUCAGGAAAGAGUGGUAUUUGAACUGAUUUUCAGUUACUAAUUUGGAUAGAAAAUCUCUAAUGCAGCAGUCUCAAAGACCUUUCUCUAAAAUGUGCUUUUUCAUUUGUGUUUUUCCCUUUAAUCUUGCCUAAAAUAUAACACAUUUAAAAUUCUGACGUGCACGUAUAUUUUGAAGUUAUAUGGCUUUAUUUUCAUCAAUUAGGUACCCCCAAAAACCACAUUGUAUUUCUGUUAGUUUGUCUUGGUAAAGGCUAAGCUAAAAAGUUAUCAACUAACACUAUGUGUGUUACUAUAAUAGUUGUAUUUGUAGAAAGUUGUGUUAUUUUUUAUUUCACAUCAUACAGAUCAAAUCUGUAGGGCUGCUUCUUGGUGGCACUGGUGUGUAAAUUACAGAGACUCAAUAAAAUAACAGCCGCAUCCACAUACUGGUACACAUCUGUGCAUGCACACAUGAUUCCUUAGUAUAGAUAAACAGUUUAAAGAUUAGCAGUGUUGAAUGAAGCUAUCUUUUUAUCACACACAUUGUGAUUUAGCAGUUAUACUAAAAUAUAUAUUCAUAUACUUCAGUAGUUUUUUUAGACCCCUCUGAUGCUUUUCAUGGAGAAUUUUUAAAAGAUGUGGUAAAUACAGUGCAGAGGAUGUGGACACAUGUCAUUUUAACAAGCAAGAAGACAUAGUUAGAUUAGAAAUUGUUUGGUUUACCUUUAGAUAAUGGUUUACUUUACUUCACUAUUUGAGGCAUUAAAGGAAGUGAAGCACUGCCAUGCCUAUUUUUUUGAUAUUUUACUUCCUAUAGAAGAGAAUACUUCUUUAGGACUGGUUAAUUAAUUCAAAUAAUUUUUAAUUUGUAAGAAGAUCAUUCCAUACAUGGAUUACCAUCCGUGGUAUCUGGGCACAAAGCAAAAUUUUUGUACUUAUGUAUUUCUUUGCCAGUAUCUUCCCAAGUUGGAAAAAAAAUACAUAUAGGACUUCCUCACCCUACCCUAUAUUUAUAUUACCCACAACUAGGAAGAAGUUAUUCUUGUUCUAUAUUGUUUGUUUUCUGUUUGUUUGGUUGGUUUAUGGUUGGCUGGAUGUUUGAUUUUAGCAGAGUAACAGGGUGUAUUUAAUUUCAAUUUUCAGCCAAAAAAGUCCCCACUAUUUUACUAACUUGUUGAAAGAUGUCUUUAAGCUUGCAUGGUCUUACAUUUUUCAGAGGGUUGGCCUUUGCCGGUCACAGUCCUGUGUGUAAGUCACUUAACCUCCGUGAGCCUGAACUAAUUGUGCUUUUUAAAGUAGUUAGGUUUGGGCAAAGCCUGUCUUGGGGCCAGUGGGGUGGGUGGUGGUUGGCAGCUACUUUGAAAGCCCCAGUGAGCCUUGGACACCACUGUCCGAAGUGGGCUAUCGGGUGCAAGAGACGUGAUGUAAUCCCAUAGGUCACUUCUUAUGCUGCAUUUUCAAGACUGACAAAGCAAAGGCAGAAUACAUUUAUUCACCUCUGGGUGCAGAUCAUGAUCAAUAUGAGAUUUUUGAGCUAUUUGAAUGCUUUGCCUCAGAUACAAACCCAGGAUGAUGAGGUUGUCACCACUGAUUGCUUAUUUAUGAAGAACAGUCUCCUUUACUAGCAGCAUUGGAGAUAAGAAAGUACUGUAUAUGAAAAUGUACUGGAAAUAUUGGAUUCUUAGAAGAAACUGAUCACUGAUUCUUGCCUAGCAAUGAAGUGCCUUUAUUUUCAGGAUAAGGACAAUUUGAUUUUCAAUUUUCCUUUGUUUUUCACCAGAUUGUACUUUGUACUCCUAAAUCUUAUCAGGCCAUCAGAAACAAUGUGGUAAAUACAGUGGAUUUCAGAUGAAAGGGGGGAAGUUUAAUUGCUACCCUUCCUGUAAACAUAGUUAAGAUAAAAUGACACAGUUUAAUUGUUCAGUAUUAGACACCCAUCAUCCCACCUUUUAUUGAAUCCUUGCCACACAUGAGGUACCGUGCCUGUCUGUGGAGACAGAACACUUACCACAAAGAACUCACCGGCUGUGCAAGCAGUGCCAGAUAAAAGGUUUAACGGUUUCUGAUCUUGCAAAGUGAACAUGAAAACAUAGGGUGUAUUCUGUCACUUUCAUUUUCAUCUGUAACGUAUGUACUGUGCACCUUUCACUAAGAAUCUGUCGGUGGGCAUCCUGUCUUGUGAGUGUGAACCACUUUAACCUACUGAUAGCUUAAAGAGCACCUUAUGUAAGGAGUCAUAUAUUCCAUUGUUUUUCCAUAUACAGGCCAAAUAGUGAUAACUCAGAGUUCUCAUGGACUAUAAAACUGUGCAGUUUUGGGACCCCUUCUGCUCUUCCACAGGGAGCGAAGAAGAAAGUAUUAAAGCUCACUUCACCCGUAUACCUACCAAAACCCUGUGUAAGCAUGUCUUAAUGAAUGUUGUUGAAAGCAAUGUAAAUAGUUGAAAAUAUAAAUUUCUAUUACACUUGAAGAUAUAAACUUUAUGAAUCAUCACUAGCCACUGUUAAUAUCUAUUUGUAUUCUUCUUAUACCUUUUCAAUAUUUGAACAAAUAUAUAGUUUCUGGCACUAUUUUUAUACUAGGAUAAUGGCAUUACUGUGUAUAUUAUGUUUAGCUUUGAAGUCGUUUGAAAUAAUUGUGCUCUUGGUUUCUUUCUUUCCUGUCCCCGCCCUGGGAACCCUUUCAGCUUGACCCUUGUGUGACGGAAUCAUUUUGCAGGAACCCUUGCUCCCCGCUGGUCCCUGUGAAGUCCUGGGACAGGCAGGGUGGUUCUCCAUUGUGCAAACCCCGCCCUAUUCAGUUGUCUCCUCGUUUUGCCAUGCUUUGUAAGAAUAAAAAGAAUGAAUAAGUAGCUA